GCCCGGACGCCUGGGUUCCCUGGGCGCUGGCAGGGCGCUCCUCCCACGCCCUCAGGGGGGAAGCAGACUCAUCGCUUUGCCCGGGGCGGUUUCGGUUUCCCCGAGGAGGAGGAACCGGCCCCCGCCCCCACAGAUGACAAGUGACCAGCCCUCCCUGGCACCGCCCCAAGGAGCUCACACAGCACUGGGGAGUAACUAGGGAGAUACCUACCAGCCGAGCUAUCUGCACACAGCAGGGGAAACCGAGGCACACAGCCAGAGAGAGGCUUAACUGCAGUCACUUGGCGGCCAUGCUGGCCCCCCAAGAUUUCCAAACCUUCGUCUUCUUCGACCUGGAGACCACCGGCCUGCCCCGGGACCGCCCCCGCAUCACGGAGCUGUCUCUCUUCGCCCUGCACCGCCGCUCCCUCCUGCAGCGUCCCCCGCAGGACGCCCCUGCCGGCACCCCCUGGCUGCCCCGUGUCCUGGACCAGCUGACCCUGUGCAUUGACCCCCAACAGCCCGUCACCCCGGAAGCCGCCCGCAUCACGGGGCUGAACCAGCAGGACCUGGAGGAGAACGGGAAGCGGGGCCUGGACCAGGCCGUGGCUCAGGCCCUAGAGGGGUUCCUAGCCCGCCAAGCCCCCCCGCUCUGCCUGGUGGCCCACAACGGCUUCAGCUACGACUUCCCCCUGCUGCGGACGGAGCUGGCUCGUGUGGGGGUCGAGCUGCCCCCUGCCACCGGCUGCCUGGACACCCUGCAGGCCAUGAAGAAGCUGGGCCUGGGGGGCGAGGGGGGGUACAGCCUGGGGGCGCUCUUCCGGGGGAUCUUCGGGAGGGACCCCGAUGGGGCACACUCGGCAGAGGGAGAUGUCCGCACCCUGAUCGCCAUCUUCCUCGCCAGGGCGCCACAGCUGAUGGGCUGGGCGGUGGGCAAUGCCCGGGACUGGGGGGACGUGACCCCCAUGUACCUCCCCACCACGCAGUGAGCAUCCUACGCUAGGAGGGGAGUGGGGUUGGAGCCUGAACUCCUGGGUUCUCUUCCGGCUCUGGGAGGGGAGUGGGGUCAGGUGGUUAGAGCAGGGGGGGCUGGGAGUCAGGACUCCUGGGUUCUCUCUCGUGGGCUCUGGGAGGGGAGUGGUGUCUAGUGGUUAGAGCAAGGGAGCUAGGAGCCAGGACUCCUGGGUUCUCUCUCUGGCUCUGGAAAGGCAGUGGGUUCUGGUGAGUUAGAGUGGGGAUGUGGGGCUGGGGGCCCGGACUCCUGGGUUCCCUGCGGACACCUCUCUCCAUUCAUUAGCUCAUCCAGGGAUCUGGGGUGGGAUAAUGAAAUUAUUUUAGUGAGCAACUGAUUUUAAUGGCGGGGGGAAGCUCCCCCACCCAUUUUUCCUGUUAAUAAAGACACUCCACUCUCUGAGCC